CCAUGAGCAUUGAGCACUAGUCCAAUAAUCCAAUUUAGGGGUUUUCGAUCUGCUUCAGCUGGAAGCCCCAUCUAAGGCUUCUCUCAGAGAGAAGACCGAACGAUGGACGGAAACAUGGAGAUUUCGCUCGACAAGCUGCCAAUCAAACGUCUGGAUGCCAUUGAGGAGAACGGAAUCGAAAGAUUUCCUCCUGACAUUGGUCAUGACGAGAAGCGGCUUUCCCUGAUUCGGCGCAUCGACUUUGCUUGGGCAGUGGAGAAAGACACGAAGAAGCAGAAAACCUCCAAGGAGACGACGACGCCAUGGCCAUGGCAGAGCUUGGUGGAGAAUUUGCAGUUGGCUCAUCAAGAAUUGUCUGUCAUCAUUGAUCUCAUUAACACGGUAGAAGCUAAUGAUGCAGUUACUGUGGCUGGUAUGAUCAGGCCAAAACAAUUACCCAAUGAAAUUCUCUCGGACCUUUCUGUAUCUGCAGCAACUAAGCUGCAGUGUUUCCGGAAUCUGGGGAGAUAUUUUAAGCAGUCUGCUAAAGGUUUGGAACAGCAGGUUGCUCGGGAAGCAAGAUUUUAUGGUGCCCUAAUCAGGUUGCAGCAGAACUGGAAGGUCAAACGACAACGUUUGCCAGUUCCAGCACCUGGCAGUGAAGGCUUCACAAUUGAUUUAUUUGAUAAUUCAUUAUCUGAUCCGGGAGCUAUCUUUCGUCCACCUUCAAUAUCUACAGUUCGUGUUGACCAUGACUCAGCAGGCAUGUUGGCUGUACACUUACCUCAAAAGUCGUGCCACUCUCUUCAUUUUGGGUUUCUCGGUGGCCAAUCUGGCCACAAACCUGGGAAAUCCAGUAAAGUGAAAAUUUAUGCAUCAGAUGUGCAUCAGUCAGAAGAAAUAAAAAAAGAGACUAUGAGUGAGCAAGAUGUGGAUCAAUGUGUUAAAGAAACACAUUCUGUCCUUCGUGAAGUUCAUCGAGCAAUCUUUGAUGAGCAGGUGUUUGAUUUGGUGAGUCGUGAAGCAUUUAAUUCAUCUUCUGGAGUUAAUGUGAUUGGAUUAAGGGAAAAUUAUCUACAACUGAGGAUAGGUCAAGGAGCCUCUGUGUAUAUCUCACUUGUACCUUCUGGGCAAGAUGCAGAUCAAACAGUGGACAAUGCAAGCAGUGAUAAUUUGGGAAAUGCAGAUUCAUCUGUUGACAUGUUUGAGGGGGUGAAGAUGGCAGAAGAGAAGUAUGUUACCCCUAAAAGGAAGUCCAGGUUUCCUAAUCCAGUCAGUUGUGAAAUUUAUCUUCAACAAAUUUUCCAUGAAAAUAUGUUCAUUAGAGCAAAGGACAGACGCCAUUCUGUUCGUCGAAUUCAAGCAUCUGGUCAGCCUGUAACAGAUGUAUUUGGUCUUCUGGGUCACUUCUGUAUGACUUUGGCUCAUAGAAUCUUUGCAAACAAGGUUCUGGCAGAGCUGGAAAUUCUGGCCAGCAGGGUCUCAUAUCUUCAUUUGUUAUCUCAUCCUACGUGGCACUCUCGGACAUCUUCCUGGUCACUUUCAAUGAAAGUUCCACAAUCCAUUCUUCAUGCUGGUCAUCGAACAAGGCCUUCAGAUAUGCGCAGCACAAAGAGUGCUGUCAGGUCACAGUUCAUUACCAAGGUCGUGGUAAAUGAUGAUUGCAUCAACAUAGAGGGAGAGGGUGCACCUAAUGUUGUUGGGCUGUUUAAGGGCAGUGCAGAGGAUAUCUGCUCUAUGAACAGUUAUGACUGUAAUUUGCCAGAUCUCCCUGUGAUACUUCUGCAACAGGUUGCAAGUCAAGUUGUUCGUUGGCUACAUGAGGAAGCUCUUUUGGUAGGAAUGAAGGCAAGCCGUGACUUCCUAUGCUUGUCAUUCGAGUUGGAUCAGGGUGAAACGUUGGGUCUAGUUGCACAUGUGGACCCUGAAGAUAUACAAGGCUGCAUUUCAUGGUGGUUGGUGAUGGAUGAUGGGCUGAUGGAGGAGGGUAAGCUUCACACAGACUUCUCCAGCGAUGCUUCUGAUACUAGGAGAUUCCUAGGACACUUGUCUUUGGAAGCCUUAUAUUCAACAUUGAUGGAUCUGGUCACCUUGUGCAAUAGCAGCGGAAGCCAUAUGUUUGUCUGAUCUCUCACCCAUAUACCCCCUCCGUUCAAUCUGAUAGCUAGCAGAAGGCUUGUUAGAGUAAUUAUAAUGAAAUAACAAUGUUUGUAGACCUAUUGUGAAGUGUUGUAGUCUUGAAAGAAAAUUUCUCUUCUUUUUCCCUUCAACCCACCUAACUGUUUCUUCUUGACUGUCGAUGAGAUUGUUAUUAGGACCAUUUACUUUUCA